CUACAGCAGGAUACACAUCGUAUACGAACUGCUCCUCACGUUCUUCCAAGCGCUAAAAACAAAACAUAAUACAACACUACUCGACAAAAAUGAGAGCGAAUCAGAGCUUUGUGAGUUUGCUCGUUUACUUCAUACACUUUGAGGCCUCUUAAAACAAACGCCUUCCACUUCUCUUCUGCUGGCUGCCUGUACCGUACGAACUCAUGGGACUUCCCCGUCAACCGCUAUAAGCCUUAUAUACACACAGCGCGCGCGUGACUUUCGCGCACUUUUAAAUCGCCCGAAAGCUUCCCUCGCGCUGCCGUUUCCGCGUUUCGUCGAUGCGGCUCGCAGAAGAAGACCGCCUCGCACCCCGUAUGGCGACGUUGCGCGCACUCGCCUUCUCCGUGGCGCUGCUCUUCGCGUGCGCGGACGCCAGGAGGCCGUCGCCGCACCUCGUCUUCGUGCUGGCGGACGACUACGGCUGGAACGACGUGGGUUACCACGGCUCCGAGAUCAAAACCCCGCACCUGGACCGACUCUCCGCCCGCGGCGUCCGCCUCGACAACUACUACGUGCAGCCGCUCUGCACUCCCUCCCGGAACCAGCUCAUGACCGGCCGCUACCAGAUCCACACGGGCAUGCAGCAUGAAAUCAUCUGGCCUUGCCAGCCCUAUUGUGUACCGCUGGACGAGAAGUUUCUGCCCCAGCUGCUGAGGGAAGCGGGCUAUUCCACACACAUGGUGGGCAAGUGGCACCUGGGCAUGUACAAGAAGGACUGCCUCCCUACCCGCAGGGGCUUCGACUCUUUCUUUGGCUACCUCACAGGCAGCGAGGACUACUUCACACACCAUCGCUGUGUCCCUGUUCCCCCAAACAAUGAGACGCGCUGCGCGGUCGACUUCAGGGAUGGGGAGGAAGUGGCCAAAGGUUAUGAUGGGCGGUAUUCCACCCACAUAUUCACAGAAAAGGCUGUGGGCAUCAUUAAUAAACACAAUAAAGAAAAGCCCCUCUUCCUAUACCUGGCCUUACAGGCGGUCCAUAGCCCCCUGCAGGUGCCCAGCCCCUACCUGGAGCCGUACGCCUUCAUCAAUGACACGGACCGUCGCCACUACGCGGCCAUGGUGUCGGUCAUGGAUGAGGCGGUGGGCAACGUCACCCAAGCGCUGCAGGAGAGCGGUCUGUGGGACAACACGGUGCUGGUGUUCUCCACAGAUAACGGGGGUCAGACGCUAACGGGGGGCAACAACUGGCCGCUGAGAGGCAGGAAGUGGUCUCUGUGGGAAGGUGGGGUGCGGGGCGUGGGCUUCGUGGCGAGCCCCUUGCUCUCUCGCCCUGGCACCGUGAACACAGAGCUCAUCCAUAUCUCCGACUGGCUGCCCACGCUGGUGGCCCUUGCUGGCGGGACCAUGAAUGGAACUAAACCCCUGGACGGCUUUAAUGUGUGGGACACAAUCAGCAAAGGGAAUCCCUCACCCAGGCAGGAACUGCUGCACAACAUCGACCCGCUGUUUGAAGACAUCUCACCCUGUCCUGGCAGGGAAACCGGGUUGACUUUGGCCGAAUCCCGCGGUCCAGAGCCGUGGUCUCGCUCCAAAUUCAAUGUGUCGGUUCAUGCUGCCAUCCGCUACAAGAACUGGAAACUGCUGACUGGUUACCCAGGCUGCGACCACUGGUUCCCACCUCCGCGGAUGGCCAACACCCCAGAGGUCGGCAGGACGGCAGCUACCCUGAAGCCUGUGAUGCUCUUUGAUGUAAAGGCCGACCCUGAGGAGAGGAACGAGGUGUCCGAGAAGAAUCCUGAAGUGGUGGCUUUUCUUCUGGCCAGGCUAGAGCAUUAUGCCAAAACCGCCAAGCCCGUCAUCUACCCUGACGAUGACCCCAAGUGUGACCCAGGCUCAGGCGGAGCCUGGGGUCCCUGGGCUUAAGCUUCCCAAAGUCUACAAAAUAAGUGGCAGCUCUAGGCAGUUGCAGAAGGCCAAUCCUUUUUACUUUGCCUGCCUUACCAUCCAUGUGCCUCAGAAAACCGAUGAGAUCAUAGGAGAUUCCUCCAUAUUUGUUUGAUGUUAAACGACCACUGAUCAUCCAACAUUAGGGGUCUUGUCACAAAAUGAAUGCUUCCUAAACUUUAUAAACUUGAGUGACACUUUUUUAUGUGAAGUGUAAAUGCAGGAGAAUACUUGAAGGAAGUACGAUGUAAAACAACGACUACCCAAGAAGGCUGCUUUGGUAAUCCUGUGACCCAGAGCAAAAAUUGCGUAUUUAGUUUGAGGAAGGUUCUCUUCCAUUCUUUAAUUAUAAUUAGUAUUUUUCACACAGGUGAUUGUUAUUCUCUAAUUCAAUUUUUUUUUUUUUUACGGAUGAAAAACUGAUUGCCGAUUUCAUGUUUUUAUAGUCAAAUUUGUUUACGUUGUUUAAAAUGUUUUAUUUAGAAGAUCUCUAUGGUAUUCAAAAUAUUUGAACUUUAAAAGUUCCUUGUUUUUUGGAGCAUAUUAAAAUAUUAGAAUUAUAUCCUGAACAGUCACUUUCCAUAUCGGACAUCACUGGAAGCCCCUUCAGUUUGAGUGAUUUGCACAUACAUAUAGCCACAGAAUGUGAUGCAGAAAAUCUUUAAAAUGUUAUUAAAACUUUUAACAUUUACCAGUUAAUAGUUUUGUUU